CGAUUACUAUUUAUCUACACGGGAUGGUAAACCAACGAGAGAACGAAUGUUCACACAAGUUGGGCUUCGGAUUUAACUGAUCUUUGGCAAUGGAGACGUCAGAAACGGAUAGUACUGGCAACACCCAAACCUGUGAGACUCGACAGACAAGGAGUAAUAGUUGGACAGCGUGGGGUAUUCAUGCAAUUUCCACGAUAACUGAUGGUGCAAAGCAACUUUAUACAAAAGCGUUGGGUUUAGACGAACUUGAAGAAAAGAAGUUGGAAGAUGAAGAGGGCGUGACUCACGUGGAAGUUGACGAAAAAACAAAAAGAGACUUGUGGAAUCAACUUAGCACCCUUGUAGGUGCAGACGUCAUAAAUAUGCGUCUUAGUCUGCCAGUUUGGUUAUUCGAACCAACAACAGCUUUGCAGAGAAUGUGCGAGACACUUCAAUUUCAUCAGUUGCUUGAUAUGGCGGCCACUUGUGAAGAACCCGUGGAACGUGACGCCUUGGUUGCAGCCUUUACAGUUUCUGCUUUUGCACAUACGGAGAGAGUCUAUAAGCCUUUUAACCCAGUUUUGGGUGAAACAUUUGAAUGGACAAGUAGAGAUGGAACGACAAGAGUGCUUUGCGAACAGGUCUCUCACCAUCCUCCAGUUUCGGUUUCAUAUACUGAAGGCCCUGGUUGGGUGGCACAAGAAGUUUUCUCUUGUAACGCUUACUUUUUGGGUAAUUCAGUGGAAAUCCGGAAUACUGGUUCAAGAUAUGUCUAUCUAACAAGCUUUGACGAACGGUAUGAAUGGACACUUCCCGUCUCAGCAGCACAGAACCUCUUCGUGGGAGGCUCCUUUAUCGAUCACUAUGGAGAAUUAAUUUUGCGCUCUAGUCCUCGCGGCUCGGUGACUAGUUUGACGUUCACCAAAUGUGGUUGGUUUGGAAGAGGAAGAUAUGCUGUAAAUGGUGAUAUAGUUGAUGCUGAUGGUUAUCGAGUGAUGGAACUAAGUGGAGAAUGGAAUCGGGGAUUGGUAGGCUUCCGGUUGGAUAAAUCUUCAGGCGAACGUGUGGAUGCAAAGUCACUUUGGUAUGCUGGAGAACAUAAACCAGCAGUUAAACGAGACAAAUAUAACUUUACCAACUUUACUUACGAACUUUUAGAAGUUCCUGAUAAUGCAGAGUCCAUUAUUCCACCUACCGAUUCACGUUUUCGACCAGAUAGACGUGCUUUGGAAGGAAAUAAUUUGAGCUUGGCAAAUUUAGAAAAGGUUAGAGUAGAAAACAUUCAGAGAGAGAGAGAAAACCAACGUCAAAAAACUGGCACAACGUAUGUUCCAGCUUGGUUUUAUCAAGAUGAUAACAAUGAAUGGCACUUUGGUGGCAAAUAUUGGAAAGAAACGAGAAACAUGUCGGAAGACCAAAAGGAGCAAAUGAAACUUUGGUAGAGAUAUGCACUGGAAGUGUAACUUUUCAACAUAAAGCUGCAAAUAAAUUUUAUACUUUAAUAAAAGAAGGCUUUUUCGGAAUGGAUGGUUUUCUAUUCAGUAUAACGGAUUUUGGCCAAAAUUUAUCCAAGUUCUUGAACGAGACAUAGUUGUAACAAUUUUCUGAGAAGGUUGAUGCUUAAUGAACAGACUGAGGUAUAACGUCAUCUUUUAGUGCACCAAGUAUGGAGUCUAAAACUUCCUUCUCCAUUCCUUUCAAAGACAAACACAACACUAAUGGUCUUCGGUGUCCCAAGGAAUGGACAAGCUCUCCAAUAGUUCUAGCAAAAACAAUCAUCUUUUCGUCGUCCCUUUUUCCAAGUAAAGGAACAACAUCGAAUAUAGUGUUGUGGCUCUCUGGUGCGUUGGCAGAAGAUGUUACCGAAAACUAACACAACUUUUCACAAAAUGAAAAGAGAACACUAAUAUAUACUCACAAUGGAACCCAAACCUUGAAGCUGUGAAAUGAUAAGUAGAAUUCUGUCUUCAAAACGCUCAAAAACGAAAUCCGUACGAUAUGAGCCACAAGUGGUGUUAAAGUGACGCACAAAACGACCGCGAUAAUGUUCCGACAUCAAAUUCCCAAUACCAUUUUCAUCAUCAAUUCUGUGCGUUGG